CGCUACAUACCCGGCCCCUGCACCUCUGACCCAGGGACCCAGGCCUACCCGUCACGCUCCACACCUGCGUUCUCGCUCGCUCGCACUAGCAGGCAGGGAGGAUGGCCGGGAGCAGCGUCUCCGGCGGCGGCGGCCGCCCGCCGCUGUUCGCGACGGAGAAGCCGAAGCGGGUGCUGGCGUACCGGGUGUACGCGGGCACCAUCUUCGCGGGGAUCCUCCUCAUAUGGUUCUACAGAGCCACCCACAUCCCGGCGAGGGGCAGCAGCAGCCUGGGGUGGCGGGCGGGGCUGGGGCUGCUCGUGGCCGAGAUAUUGUUCGGCCUCUACUGGGUCCUCACCCUCUCCGUGCGCUGGAACCCGGUCCGCCGCACCACAUUCAAGGACCGCCUCUCGGAGAGAUAUGAUGAUGACCAGCUCCCUGGUGUGGACAUAUUUGUGUGUACAGCGGACCCAGCUCUUGAACCACCCAUGCUUGUCAUCUCCACGGUUCUGUCUGUUAUGGCUUAUGACUACCCGCCAGAGAAGCUAAACAUCUAUUUGUCUGAUGAUGCUGGUUCUGCUGUAACAUUCUACGCUCUUCAUGAGGCAUCUGAGUUUGCAAAGCACUGGAUUCCAUUUUGCAAAAAUUACAAGGUGGAGCCCAGGUCACCAGCUGCCUACUUUGCCGAAGGGGCUACCCCUCAUGAUGCUUGUAGCCCUCAAGAAUUGCUCCGCAUGAAGGAGUUGUACAAGGAUCUGACAGAUCGCGUGAACUCAGUAGUACAUUCAGGCAAGAUUCCCGAGGUUCCAGAAUGCAACCACAGAGGCUCCUCUGAAUGGAAUGAGAUGAUAACUUCUGGAGAUCACCCUUCAAUAGUCCAGAUUCUAAUUGAUAGAAACAAACGGAAGGCAGUUGAUGUAGAUGGAAAUGCAUUGCCAAAACUUGUGUAUAUGUCACGCGAGAAGAGACCUCAGGAACAACAUCACUUCAAAGCUGGAUCAUUAAAUGCUUUGAUAAGGGUAUCUUCGGUGAUAAGCAACAGCCCAGUCAUUCUGAAUGUUGAUUGUGAUAUGUACUCCAACAACUCUGAGUCCAUUAGAGAUGCAUUGUGCUUCUUCCUAGAUGAAGAGCAAGGUCAAGAUAUCGGUUUUGUGCAGUACCCUCAGAACUUUGACAAUGUGGUGCACAAUGACAUCUAUGGCAAUCCCAUCAACGUUGUCAAUGAGUUGGAUAACCCUUGCUUGGAUGGAUGGGGUGGAAUGUGUUACUAUGGCACUGGAUGCUUCCAUCGCAGGGAGACCCUCUCUGGACAAAUAUAUAGUAAAGAUUACAAGGAAGACUGGGAUAGAGGAGUGGGGAUAGCAGAAAAUGCAGAUGAGCUGGAAGAAACGUCCAAGUCACUUGUGACAUGCACGUAUGAGCAUAACACCCCGUGGGGCAUUGAGAAAGGAGUUAGAUAUGGGUGCCCACUGGAGGAUGUGAUUACAGGAUUGCAAAUCCAAUGCCGCGGGUGGAGAUCGGUGUACUACAACCCCGCUAGAAAGGGCUUCUUAGGCAUGGCCCCUACCUCACUAGGCCAGAUCCUGGUUCAGCACAAGAGAUGGUCAGAAGGGUUCCUCCAAAUAUCCCUCUCCAAUUACAGUCCCUUUUUAUUAGGCCAUGGUAAGAUCAAGCUGGGUCUUCAAAUGGGUUACUCGGUCUGUGGCUUCUGGGCCCUGAACAGCUUCCCCACCUUUUACUAUGUCAUCAUUCCUUCACUUUGCUUCCUCAGUGGCGUCUCUGUUUUCCCUGAGAUAACCAGCCCUUGGUGCAUUCCAUUCAUAUACGUCGUGGUAGCUUCAUACUCCUGGAGCCUAAUGGAGUCGCUGCAAUGUGGUGACACUGCAGUGGAGUGGUGGAACGCACAAAGGAUGUGGCUCAUGAGAAGGACCACCUCCUACCUCCUGGCGGCCAUCGACACGAUCGGGGGAAUGCUGGGCGUCUCCGAGUCCGGAUUCGAGCUGACGGUGAAGGUGGACGAGUCGCAGGCUCUGGAGAGGUACAAGAAGGGGAAGAUGGAGUUCGGGCCCAUCUCGGGUAUGUUUGUGAUCAUCACCACGAUCGCGCUGUUCAACCUGGUGUGCCUGGUGGUCGGGCUGGGCAGAGCUCUGUUGCGCGAAGGAACGGCAGGGUUGGGACCUUUGUUUCUGCAGGCUGUCCUCUGUGUGGCCAUAGUGGUCAUCAAUGCUCCGGUCUACGAGGCCCUCUUCAUCCGCAGGGACAGCGGAAGCCUGCCUUAUUUCGUCACCCUAGUUUCCCUUUGCUUUGUGUCGUCGCUCUGCCUACAGGCUAUCUAGAAAUGAAUUCGGGGUGAUAACGAUAGACGGACAUGCCCUUACUAUGAGUAACAUUUUGAAACAAUCUAUUUACACGGCUCUGAACUUCCAUGUUAUUGGACAGCUGCGACAACGAUGUGGUAUUCAGUUCCCUAGACU